AUGGCCCUCUACAAAGUCCAGGUGACCACUGGCAAGUGGCUGCUUGCAGGGACCUUAGACUCCAUCUAUAUCACCCUGGUGGGGACUGAAGGGCAAAGCCCCAAGCAUCUGCUGGACAAGUUUGGGUUGGACUUCACUCGAGAAGCUGUGAGCGAGUACACAGUGCCCUGUGAGAAAUCUCUGGGUCCAAUCCUGCUCAUCCGGGUCAGCAAGGAGCCACACUGCUUCUUACCUGAGAAUAUCUGGUACUGCAACAUCAUCCGAGUGACAUCCCCUGGGGGAGAGACCUACAACUUCCCCUGCUACCAAUGGAUCGAGGGCUACCGCACAUUUGAGCUGCCCGAGGGGACAGCUAAAACUUCUGGUGAUGACACCCAUCCCCUCCUCCAGAAGCAUCGUCGAGAGGAAGUGGUGAGGCGGAAGGAGAGAUAUCAGGCAUUUGAGUCCAAGUUGAAGGGCUACCUGGAGUGUCCGUACUCUUGGAAGAAGCUAGAGGACAUCCAGAAGAUUUUUAGUUUCUAUCAGAACAACGUCUCUGAGUAUGUGGCCAAGCACUGGAAGGAAGAUGCUUUCUUUGGGUACCAGUUUCUGAAUGGGGUGAACCCCAUAGUGAUCCAGAAAUGUACAAAACUCCCAGAGAACUUCCCAGUGACCCAGGAGAUGGUGGCCAUAUCCCUGGGGAAGGCCACAAACCUCUCCAAGGAACUUCAGAAUGGGACCAUCUACCUUGCCAACUACAAGAUCUUGGAGGGCAUCAGCACCACUAAAGUGAAUGAACAGCAGCAGUACAUCGCCGCACCUUUGUGCCUGCUACACCAGAAACCCAGUGGGGAGGUCAUUCCCUUAGCCAUCCAGCUAAGCCAACACCCAGGCCCCGACAGCCCCAUCUUCCUGCCCAGUGACCCUGAGUGGCUCUGGACUCUGGCCAAGACCUGGGUGAGAAACGCUGAGUUCCAUGUCCAUGAAGGCGUGACCCACCUCCUCUGUGGCCACCUCAUCCCUGAAGUCUUUGCCGUGGCUACGCUGCGACUUCUGCCCAUGUGCCAUCCACUGUACAAGCUCCUGACCCCUCACAUGCGCUACAGCAUCCACAUUACCAUCCAGGCCAGGACCCUUCUCCUCAGCCCAAGAGGUGUGUUUGAUCUGGCCAUAGCAACAGGGCGUGUGGGGCUGGUCGAGGUCUUGAGUAAGGCUCUGAAGAGUAUUUCUUACACCACGCUGUGCCUCCCUGAUAACCUUAAGGCCCGUGGGGUUGAGAACCUCAAGAACUACUAUUUCAGAGAUGAUGCACUGAAGAUCUGGGAGGCUGUGGAGAGCUUUGUCUCUGGUAUCAUUGGAUACUACUACCCUAGUGACACGCUGGUGCAGGAAGACCAUGAGCUACAGGCCUGGGUUGGUGAGGUCUUCACUAAAGGCUUCCUGGGCAGACAGUCCUCAGGCAUCCCCUCCUCCCUGAAGACAAAGGCAGAGUUGACCAAGUUCAUGACCAUGGUCAUCUACACUUGCUCUGCCUACCAUGCCGCAGUCAACAGUGGGCAGUUUGAAAUGGGUACUUUCAUGCCCAACUUCCCAUCCACCAUGAGGAAGCCACCACCUCGGACCAAAGACCCAGUGACCCUGCAGGAGUUUCUGGACACCAUUCCGGCAAUGAACAGCACCAGCCUUGUCCUGUCUGUUCUGUGGGUCCUGCGCAAUGAGAACCUGGAUAUGAGAUCCCUGGGCACAUACCCCGAUGAGCACUUCACAGAGCAGGAGCCGAAGCAGCUGAUCAUGGAGUUCCAGUGGCGCUUGGCCAAACUUUCUCAGGAGAUUGCAGAGAGGAACAAGGGCCUGGAUCUUCCAUACACAUACCUGGACCCGCCCAAUAUCGAGAACAGUGCUGCCGUCUGA